AUGGCCCUUGUGCCAGAGAGCAGUGAGAUUAGAACUUGGCCUAGAAAUAGCCCAGGCUCCUCCAGGUACCCAGAAAGUCCCAGAAGAAAUCAUACUGUCUGGAAAGACAGAGAAGAAACUAGCACGGUUGAAGAACAUCAAGAUGUUCAGGCUGCCUCUCAAAAUUCCCGCUUACCCUCUAUUGUGGUAGAAGCAUCAGAGGGGAGUGAAGACUAUGGGGAGCUACAAUGGCCACAUAAAGAGCUGCUGCUGCUCACUGAUGAUGAAGAGGCUGAGACUUUCUUCCAGGACCAAAAUGAAGAGCCAGGCUGGGCUUGGAGCCCACAGGACCCCAGUUCUCCCUUAAGAACAUUUAACCCUGGAAUCAACUGGGAGCAGGAAGAAGAGCAAGAUGAUUACUGGAUUCCUCACAAAGACUGUCAGGAACCUGCAAACCCCUGUCCUCUUGGGGAGACAGGUUCCUGUGUCUGUAGGAGCUGCUUGGUGGAAUAUUCUCAUCUCCCACCUCAUACCACCUUUGGGGGAGUUGAAGAAGAAGCUGUUCAAGCGCCGGCGAGUUUUGAACCGGGAGCGAAGACUGAAGCGCAAGGUGGUUGGGGCGGUGAUAGACGAAGGGCUGAUCACGAGGCAUCACCUCAAGAAGAGAGCGUCCAGUGCUCGGGCCAACAUUACUCUGUCUGGGAAGAAGCUCAGAAAACUCCUACAGCAGAUCCGGCUUGCACAGAAAGAAAAAGCAGCUAUGGAAGUGGAAGCCCCUUCAAAGCCAACCAGGACUAGUGAAGCACAGUGCAAACUACCAAAGAAGAUAAAAGCCCCCCAGGAUGUAGACAUGGAGGACCUUGAAGGGGAGAGCUAAACUCCUCUACCUGGAUAUUCUCAGCUGGAGCCAGAAGGAUUUGGUAGUUGCUUUAAAGGACUUUGGAGAAAGCAUGAACCUCUUUCAUUUUUCUCAGAUUCCACUUCCACAGUGGUCUGCUGACCUUCCCAGGAGGGAUGUUAGGAGGGAAAAAGUCACAGAAGAAAGACUGGAGAGCAUCCUCUCUAACAAUCAAAUCCAUUUGUAAUAAAACCCUAGAGUUUGA